UGUAUUGCAUCUCGUGUGAUUCUCGACUACACCUGAGCGACAUUGAGAGCGAGAGAAGAUAUGGACUAGGUAGCAUACUAUUCAUACGAUGCCAGAACAGUGUGUGCAGUUCACUGAAUGAUGUCAAAACUGGAAAAAGAAACAACGGAACAUUUGACAUCAAUUCCAAACUAGCACUAGCCAUGAUACACACAGGAAUGGGCCCAGUGCAAGUAAACAACCUGCUGGCAACUCUAAAUUUACCACCAGUUGUACCGUCCACUCUCAAGAGAAGGGAACACAAGAUUGACACAACCCUGGAGACCAUUGCAAAAAAAUCAUGUCUUGAUGCUCAAAAGGAAGAAAUUGAAAAGGGAAAUGGAAAGGUGGAAGUCAGCUUUGACGGUGGGUGGCAGAAAAGGGGUACAGGUUGGAAUUAUAAUAGUAAUACAGGCCAUGGAUCAUUGAUUGGGAAAGAAACAGGAAAGGUUCUGCAGUUCUCACUUAGGAGUAAAUCUUGCCAGAUAUGUGCCCUUCAUCAGAGCCAAAACCACACUAUACCUGUACAUGAAUGUUCAAAAAACUGGGACGGGUCGAGUAAAGCAAUGGAGCCUGACAUGGCAAUAUCAAUGGCCAGAGAGUUAGAGGAAACCGGAUGUCCAAUAGAUGUCAUCCAUGGUGAUAAUGAUUCGACCACAACUUCUCGUCUGAAAGCUGUUUUUCCUUCCAUUGAGAAAAAAGAUGACAGCAACCACACCAAAAAAGGCAUAACAUCUAAACUGUACAAGCUAAGGCAGAAAUACAAAGUGUUGAAACAGCCAAAUGUCAUAUCUUAUAUUGGAAGGUGCUUCAUGUAUGCCAUAAAAGAAUGCCAGACAAAAGACCCGGAGAGACUAAAAAAAUCACUCGAUAUUAUCGUUCCACAUUUAUAUGGUGACCACUCCCUUUGUGCCAAGGAAGAUGUUACCUGGUGCAGUUAUCGAAAGAAUCCUUCUCAGUUCAGGUACCGCAGUCUACCAGAGGGUAAGCCUCUCACAUGUCCAAGUCUUCGGACAGAUUUAUCUGUCAUUGUAAAUAGCCAAAAGGGUAGAGCUGUCUCCUUGACCAACUUAGGAUCAACCCAGGCAAAUGAGAAUUUCAAUUUCAUAGUCUCAACAAAGGCUCCAAAAAACAAGUCAUUUGGAUCAAGCAAAUCUCUGACAGGGAGAAUUUCAGCAUCUGUACUGCAGAAGAAUGAGGGUCAUGAGUAUCUAGAAAAGGUUAACAAAGCUGUAGGAUUAUCUCCUGGUGAAUUCACCUUUAAAAUGGCAUUAAAAACUGCUGCCAAGAGAAAGCUUCAAAAAGCUAAGCAGAAUAGUUUACAAGGGAAGAGGAAACGUCUUGUUAAAAAAAUAUCAAAAAGUCGUAAAGAAGCAACCAUGGAAAUUCAUGAAGGUGUUACCUAUUCUAAAGCUGCUGAAUUAAAUCAAGAGGAAGAAUUAACCCAAACAGCAGAGAUCCCAAAAAGAUUAAAACUGCCAGAAAAUCCCUUCACAUUUAUUGUCUUUGACACCGAAACAACUGGUAGAGGGAGAAACAGCGAUAUUUUACAGAUUGCAGCAGGAAAGGAUUUCAAUGUUUAUGCUCAACCCCGUUGCAAUAUUUCUGACCAGGCUUCCAUUGUGAAUGGGAUACAGUACAAUAGGGGGACUAAUACUAUGUUCCAUAGAGGUAUACAAGUAAGGUCCAAAACAUUACAAGAAGCACUUUUAGACUUUAUUGAAUACCUCAAGAAAUUUCCCCAGCCAGUUCUUGUAGGACACAAUGCAUGUAGCUUUGAUAUUCCAAUUCUUUGCAACAGAUUGGCAGAGUUUAAUCUUUUUACAGAGUUUUUAUCUCAUGCUUAUGGUUUUGUAGACACUCUGAAAAUUUCUAAAAGAGUCUUCAAAAAGUCAGAUGUUGGAAAUUAUAAGCAAGAAAAUCUAGUCAGUAAGCUCACCAACUGCACCUAUCAAGCCCAUGAUGCAAAAGAAGAUGUCAGGGUACUGAAUGUACUUUUUACUGAAAAGUUAAAGAAGGAGGUCAAAGAUGAAGAUCUGUUCCACAUUAGUUUCCACAUAGUGAAGAUGAAAUAUAAUGAAAUGUUGCAACAAAAAUGUAUAACAGCAGUAGCAGUGGCAAAGUUAGCCAGAAAUGGUGUCGCUCCAUUUCAUUUACAAUUAGCACAUGUCAGAAACUCGGGGUUAAAAUUACUGUUAAAUGAUCUACAUGUACGUUUAGCGAACAAGAAAUUUACAUCGCUUGUUAAUUUUAUCGAGAAAGAAGAAUGACUAGGAUCUGAUGUCAAACUCCCAUUAUUGAAGGCCACAGUUGUGACUAUGGGGUGUUUUUUUUGUGUUUGUUUUUGUUUUAUAAAGAGUUUGUGUCUCAUGUUCAAUUUCCCCAUUUCCCUUUAUUCUUAUAUUUAGAUUGCUGUAGGGAACUUUUCACCACAUUAAUACAAAUGGCUAAUUUAUGGAAGAGCUAGCAUUUAUGUUUCAAUUGCUAUUUCAAAUAUGCACAUGCAAAUUUAACUUGUAUUCCAAUAAACACAGAUUUUGUUUACUACAAUUUGUAUUUUUUCUUCUUUGUUAUGAGUGCAUGUUGUAUGCAUGGUUUGUAGAUGGAAUUAGUCCCUAGAUAUCAGAUCUCCAAGCAUAUAUAACUUGCUCAUAAAAGCUAUUCUAUCAAAUCUCUUUUUAUGCUGCCAUAAAUGACAAAAUUGCUCAAAGCUGCAAGUUUUUCAGUAUCCAGGAAUCUAUGUUGUAACAGAUGUAUAUGGUACUGGCAUAAAGACAGUGCAAAUCACUCAAUGUAAUCAGGGACAGUAUAUACGUCCCUGAUGUAAUAUACACACACAAAAACAGACCUCAAAAAGUCAAGUUUAUUGAAAUGGGAAAGAUAGCAUAUGGAGUAUAUAUGUCACCAUACAGCCUUCAACAAUGACAGGUUUGUCCAUUUAUGAUAGUUGAAGUGUCACAGUAAGUUGUCUUCAAAUUAUAUUAAAUUAACCAUACACAACUAAACAGGACAAAACACUUCACCCUAAAAACAUUUUUAAGGUGAAACAACUUAGUGCGGAACGAUCCAGGGCGAAAGGGAUUUAGGACGAAACGACCAAACACCCAUCUUUCCACCCAGAACGU